CUGAAACUUGACAGAGAGGCAAUGAUGACUCUUCGCCUCACCCUGUCGACGUUCUACCACGAGUUCCACGCCCAGGCCGGCGUUGAUCAGCAUGAAGGGGGAGAGGAUGCCAGCGCACCUGCCGACGGCGAAUCGGCCGAGGGCAAGACCGUCGAGGAGCACUUCAGAGGUGUGAGCGGGGGGAACAACUUGGUGGCGAAUGAGGCGAUGUUCCGCAAGCGAAGCUCAUUCGUCAAAGCUGCCAAGAAACUCUAUCACGUCAGGCAACAGACAGACAGGCGAGGGCAGCCCACAUCCGCUCUCUGCUGUGUCACGUCUGCCUGUCUGUGUGUGUCUGUGCUUCCUUCAUUCAGGCGUUUCGUUCGGUGGUGGGGUGUGACCUGCACGUUAGUUUCGACACGUUUUUCCUGCUGCUGUGUCGGAUCGAGUGCAACGGAUUCGGCGUGUGGAAUCAGGACGACGAGUGCCUCAGCCUGGCCCUCUACCCGACAGCCUCUCUCUUCAACCACAGCUGCCUCCCAAACAUCGCACGCACACAAGUGAGUGCGUCGGCAGACACCCAGACAGGCACCCAGUUAUUUCGUGUGUGGAUUUGUUGUGUGUGUUGCAGGAUGGAGCGCGUGUGCGCUUCUGGGCGCUCCGUGGGAUCGUCAGAGGAGAGGCUCUGACGAUCUGCUACACAAGGGCGACCAUGUGCAGCAAGGAGAGGAUGGCCUGCCUCGAGGGCUACCACUUCAAGUGUGAGUGCGACAGGUGCCGCGCCGACCGCCAAUUCAAGCCCCUCAUCUCGGCCAUGGUCUGCAGCCGGCACAACACACAGGGCUACCUGAUCCCCACACCCAUGAGACCCCUGAGCACCUUGAUAUCCACCGAUGCGCCCACACCAUCGCCAGCCGCCCCCCUGCCCACCACUGCGGCUGUGAGCGAUGACGCAUCGGAGGGCUCCGUCACACACGUGCCGACGGACGCGCCGCCGGCUGACGUGACGAGCAAGCCUUCCCCCCUCAAGGCGGCCCCCAUCACAGCUGACGCCAUACCCACCCUCGCCAGGGACGUCCCCCCGCCCCCCUUUGUGGUCAGCUCGGCGGCCAACCACAUAUGGCUGUCGACCACAGGGAGAGCGGAGGAGAUGGUGCCAGGGGAUGUCGAAACGCGUCGCGUCUAUGAGAGGCUGAGGGAGGGGGUGGCUGUGACGGAGAGGGAGUGCGUGUGCAGCGUGUGUGGCGCACGCGAGAAGAGGCUGGUGCCGAUAUGGGCAAAGAGCGGCGAUACGGGAGACGUGUAGACAAUUUUCCGAUGCGUGUGCGCUUUAUUAGUAGCUGGCUGGUUCUAUGUGUGUGUGUGCAUUUGUGUGUGUGUGUGUCUCAGUGCUCCUACUACUGUGCUAUGAGUGCUGCACUCACUGGCCAUGCGUGCUUUCAAUUCUCCGUCUCUCUCUGUGUGUGUGUGUGCUGCAUUCGUGGUGCCUAUGGCGCUGCGGAUGGCCCUUUCUCCCGACAUGGCAUGCAAUGUAAUUGAGAGGCAUUUCUCCAUUCCUCUGCUGCCUCGUUUUCCCGCCUGCCUGCCUGCCUUGCCUUGCCAGCGAUCGCUCGACUGAACUGAAUGAACUGUGUGUAUCUAUCGUCUUGUCUCUUCUGACAUCAGCUCAGCUGUUGUGAAUGAAAUGUGUGCAGUUUGGGGGGUUCCGUGCACCGAUCUUUCUGUCUGUCUGUCUGUCUGAUGAACAUGCCUGCCAGGUCAUUGAGGUGGUGCGUGUGUUGAUGGAUUCUUUCUCUUUUCCCUAUCCUAUGUGGCCGACUCGUUGCUGUCUUGACAUCCGAUAUUCCUCAGAUGCACAACUCUCAACACGAAAAGGGCACGCACUUGGUGCCUGCCUGCCCG